AUGUCCAAUGAGAGUGAAUGUGCCAAAUACAUUGGAGCAGUUCAACAUGUGCCAGUCUCGGCUUUAGCCAAAGAUCGAGAUCCGCAAGUGGUACAAGCGAAUGAAAUACCCGACCAGAUUUUAUCGAAGGUGAACAAAUAUCGCGAUAUGACUGUCAAGCAUAUAAUUGCUUGGAAAGUUGAUGACGCUUAUUCUAAUUUUAUUUUGGAGAGGUAUUUAAAUGGAUUUUGGAUCCGAUGGAGACUUCGAGAGAAUGCUGAAUUAACAGCCUUUGAAUUUCUUGAGUCAAUCCCAGAUCGGAAUUCGAAUGUUAGAGAGAGUAAGCUACGCGAUUGGGUCAAACUAGAUAUCCCUGACUUCCUUAACAUAUGGCGUCGAGAUAAGGAGCUUUUACCCAGCUCAGCUACAGAGCUGUGGGCUUUAGAUAUGACCCCGCCCGGUUAUAUACCAGUCAAGGAAGAGAGGUCGACAACAACUUCUAAGCUGCACUACAAUCCUAAAACUUACUUCCAAAGAAAAUAUUUCGAGGCAUUGUUCUCAAUGCGUAUUCCUUUAGCUUACUUUGUGAAAUCAAAUUUGUCAAGAUUGAGGAAUCUCUGUAAGAACUCUCCAACGGAUGGCACAGUUACUUACCAAAUGGUAGUGUCUGAGAUGCUCUUAAGCUUCGAAGAUUUUGAUAAACGACAUGGUACAUCAGCGGGAGGACUUGUUCAAUUUGAGUUUGAAUCAAGAGCUACCUCCGAACUUCGCCGACACAUUUUGACUCAAUCGUUUCAUCUCUCUUCACUUGAAAAUGAAACAUUUAAAAAGGUUCUAGCAUUAAUUUUGAAGUCCAGAGAAAUUAAGCUUCAAGUUUUAAUUCUACUUGAGCUCAUAUCUAUGAACAAAAUGGACGGGAAACUCAGGAAUUUUGAAGAUAAGUACAAAAGUAAGCUGAAAAAACGUGCAAGAAAUGUUGCUAAGAUUGGGGUCAUAUCUAGACGACGAAAAGCUAAAGGUAAAAAUGAAGGCUCACAGCAUCUCGACUUUUGCGAGCGACUUGAUAUUUACGUCGAUAAACUAUGUAUUAUCGAUGUUAUCCUACGAAUGGAAACAUCUGAUAUGAACAUGGGAAAGGAAGAAGACUCUCUUACACGGACCGCCAUUGAAAAACUGAUGGAGUACAAGAAAAAUAUGCUCAACAAUGGGAAAGAACCAUCUUCCUUUGGGUUUGUUAGUUAUGUGUUGAUUCCUUAUUACACAAGAAGAGUACCAAACGCAGUAGAAUUCAUUAGCCGCAAAAUCAAAGGUCCAAAACUUGAAAGCUCUCUUCCAGUGUUUAAACGGGCAGCUUCCUCGGCAUCAAUGGUCAUCAACGAUGCAGUAUUAAAUCAAGGUAACAUUGAGUGCGACAUCUCUCAAACACGCAAAAAUUCAAUAGUUUCAACGGAAAGCCCGAUAAACUCUCCUUCCCCAUCAACCUCACUCCCCAAACUUCAAAGAGUCACUUCAAAUAUCAUACAACCGCCAUUGAUUAAGACUAGAACAGACUCUCAUCUGAGUGAGUUCCUGGAAUUAGAGUCGAAUUCUUUAAGAAAGCCUGCUGUGGCAUCUCGUGCUAACUCAGAAAUACCUCUUACUAAACUUCAAAAGCGUCAACUAUCGGUAUCCGACUUGAUCUCCGAGGAAGCCAAGAAGUAUGAUAUUCCAAAGGACCACACGUUUAACAUUGCAGGCAAAAGUUUGAAUGUAAAUCGUUCAUUAGUGUCUGCAUCAUUCCAACGAAUAGGUAAGAGGAAGUUAAGUCACGCAGGCGCGUCAAGUAAGCUGUUAAUAGAAAGGACCGAAGCAAGUGUCCAGGUUGAAGCAACUCCUCAUGGUAAGCAAGGAGAGAAAACACGCCUGCAGUUAAUACGAGAACCUGCAAUCAUAGAAUCUCCUUUAAAAAUCACUGAGGUUGCUGCUUCUCCUUGCAGAAAUCCGAAACAACUCCCUGAUGCCGAGCUUACCUACGAAACGCCAAUUAAAGACGGGGUAAUAUCAAGCACUAUCAAAGAUCUCCAAAUCCCGGCUAGCGAUCAAAAAAAUGCACACACUGAUACAGGUAUCAUAUAUUCUCCACAGCAUAUGCCGCCGAAAAAAGUUCGGAGAAGAUUAUUUGGCCCUCAAGGGUGA